GAGCUUCGAGAGGAGUUUCCGGGCUGUGCAAACUUAGAAAUCCCAGCCGAAGCAGCAAACUGGUCAGACUCCGAGCUGCGGAACUUCUUCGAAAGUAGCGGCUUCAUCAAACCCCGCCCGGCGCCUGCGGGAAUCCAGGGCAGUGGAGGUGCGAGUGGAGCAUCAUCCUCUCCAGCUCCGGUGAACGGUGUGCAGUUCACCCUCCCCGAGGCUUUGCAUUUGCAGGAAAGAUUGCUGACUGCCUUCAAGAGUGCAGACUUUCAGCAGAAGUUGCAGCGCUUGCAGCGACAAUACCCUCAGCGAAAGCUGAGAGGACAUAAUGACGGAAAGGCAUAUUUCGAGGCGUUCGAGGUGCUUGUCAUGACCGUGUAUCACAGAAUAUUGCCGGCUCAUGGAUUGCAAGGCGACUGGGAGGGAGUCGGAGAGAUGUUCAUGCGAAUCGAGACUGCAAUGCGCAAUGGCAAGGUCAAGAAACAGCACGAAGAGAUCAACACUCUUCUAGGGCUGCCACGUGAAGCCAAGCUGGCUCCUUCGCGAAGACAGGACCUCUUCGUCUACUGCCCAGGAGCCGACGGAGGUGUGCCAUCCUUCUCCCUGCAUGUGGUCGAGGACGAGGAUCUCGACCAGGCACACGAGUUUCUCGUGGAGGAGGAGGGUGAGCUUCGAGCUACGAUCAUGAGCACAAAGACCUGGUAUCUGGUGAGAGAACGUGCUCUGGUCCGAUCCGCUGCUGAUGUGAAGUCAAGAGUUUUGGGGGAACGUGGUGUUGGACAGCGCAUACUCGGUCACAAGAUCCUACAUGAUGCAGCCGGCAGGUGGCUACAACUUCACGAAAGUGAACUGCGAAAGCUGGGAAAUGCCCCGGAGGCCUGGGUUCACUUUGGAGUGGGGCGCGAGCUUCUGGUGAAGCAGUAA